AUGGACGCACAUGCUCACCUACUCUCCCUUGGAUGGGCAGGCCCAGGCCACUCCCUCGACAGUCGUCCAUCUUUACAACACAAAGGCCGGCGUGGCCUAGCAUAUGACCCAUCCCAGAAUAACCAUACUGGUCGCGGUCUCGUUAAACCGUUGCUUGUGUCACAAAAAAACAACAGCUUCGGCAUUGGUAAGAAGGCAUAUGAGCCUGCCGCUGGGAACGAGUGGUGGCUGAAGGGCUUUGAGAAUGCGUUGAGCAAUAUUGGAAAGAACAGCAAUAGUGAGGCUACGAGUGGAGCUACUACGCCAGGUACAGGGAAUACGAGCAGCUAUCGAGGCAAGCACAAUGGCCUCUAUGGAUUCUUUGUCAAAGGACAGCAGAUGGAGGGCACAAUACAAGAGAGCGCAAAAGGCCAAGGGAGGGGACGGAAGAGGAAGAGUGACGCACUCGACCAGGAAGAGGACACAUCGACAAGCAGUGCAAAUCAUACACCUGGGAGUACCGUUUCUAUUAAGACCUUCGCAUCGAAAAGUGAAGCCACUACAGAUUUCCAACAGAUCAGCCAGUUCCUGGAUGUCAGGGAUAAGGAUCGUAAGCAGGGUAUGAGAAGGGUCAAGACAAGCCCUAUACGGGAAUUCGAGCAGGUGGGGAACUUCUUCAAAGCGGGAUCGGAACGAAAGCAGCAAUGUACUCCAAAGAUUGAGGACGGCAAUGGGCCUGUUGCCUCUCAGGGACUAGACAAGGUAGACGUGGAAGAAAUCAAGAAAGAAAGGCGUCAGAGAAGGAAAGAGGCUAGACUUCAAGGAACCGAAGUACCACUCGAUAUGGCCAAGAAGGAGCAGAGAACGCAGGGAAGAAAAGCAGCGAAAGUCAUGGCAAGGCUGAGCUCUAUCAACAAAAAGACUUUUCCAUCGGAUCCCAUCGAAGGCGCUCAAAUAGCCAGAGUUCAUGCAGACAGCUCAGCAUCAGGAGACGAAGCUUUACGCAGAGCGGAGCGGAAGAGACGAAAGGAGCAAAAACGGCUGGCCAAGGCGCAGGCGGCAUCUUGA